CACGCGCGCGCGCCAUCUUGGCUUCCGACCCUGAGCGAGGCGGCUACGGCGGGGGUCGCAGCAAGAUGGAGCACUACCGGAAGGCCGGCUCUGUGGAGCUUCCCGCCCCUUCUCCGAUACCUCAACUACCUCCGGAUACCCUGGAAAUGCGGGUCCGAGAUGGCAGCAAAAUCCGCAACCUGCUGGGGUUGGCGCUUGGGCGCUUGGAGGGCGGCGGCGCCAGGCACGUGGUGUUCUCCGGCUCCGGCCGGGCAGCCGGCAAGGCGGUCAGCUGUGCUGAGAUUGUGAAGCGCCGGGUCCCAGGCCUGCACCAGCUCACCAAGCUGCGUUUCCUGCUGACUGAGGACAGCUGGGUCCCCACCUCCCCUGACACAGGCCUCGACCCACUCACCGUGCGCCGCCACGUGCCUGCAGUGUGGGUGCUACUCAGCCGGGAUCCCCUGGACCCUAAUGAGUGUGGCUACCAGCCUCCAGGGGCACCUCCUGGUCUGGGCUCCUUACCCAGCUCCAACUGUGGCCCUCGACCCCGAAGAAGAGCUCGGGACAUGCGGCCCUGAACGUCUCCUGAGAGGGAUUGUUCUCUAGCCCCGGAAAGGCUGGGAUGGGAUGGCCGUGCCUUCUCUGAGAAGCCCCUGGGACUGCCCAGCGUUCCCGCCAAGGCUGUGGUGGCUGCCAAUUCUGCUGACAUGCAGGAAGGGACUACUAGAAAAGGGACACCUUGGCUUCAGGAUUGUUCUGCUGCUAGCUUUGUAACAGAGGUCCAAGGAGGAAGUUAGGAAAUAAAGGUUCUGCCCAGUUG